AUGGCAGCUUCUUCGUCUUCAUCUUUUUCAUUCAAUAUAAUUUUGCCCACUUCUACAACUACUCUUCCCUUCUCUCGAACACACACUUCAAACUUCAAAUUUUUUUGUAGUGAUCAAAGAAUUCAGCUUGAAACCCAACAAAUUAACCCCAAAAUCAAGAAGCAAAGAAAACCCAGACCUAGUUUUUCUGAUCAAGUUCUUGAAAAAUGGUCUCGAAAACCCACUUCAUUGCUAGAGAAAUUCCCAUGGCAGAAAGAAGAAAUACGACAACAAGAAGGGAUAAAUUCUAUUAAAUCCGUUGAAGAGGAUGAAAAAAAAGAAGAAGAAGAAGAAGAAGAAGAAGAAGAAGAAGAAGAAGAAGAAGAAGAAGAAAGGGGUUUAGACGAGUCGAGAAUCGGCAGCAACUCGUUUGCGGGUGACUCGGUGAGGUUUAAUCCCAUCAAAUACGUAAAACUUGCUCCUUGGGUUCAGGAAACUAAACCCCAGAAACCAAAAUUUGAUUUUGAAGAUAGGAAUUCCCAAAAAGAUAGCAAUGGAGGUAAAACUGAUGAUCGAUUUGUUUUGUCCGAGUUAAGGACCGCUAGUAACUCGUUGCUGAGUGACUCAAUGAUUUCUAAUCAUUCCAACAGUAGAAUUCCACAAAAGGAUGGUGGAACCACAACCAUUGAUGGGAUUUCUUCACAGAAAGGAAACAUUCAAGGGGUUUUUCUUAAAGAAGAUGAAAUUCAAUCUGGGUUUGUGGAAGAAGAUGAUGAUAUGCAGAUGAAGAUUGAUGAAAUGGUUUCAAACAAAGGUGGAGAAAGUAAGGUUCCACUGGAGAGAGGAAGAGAUCUGUUUAAGAGCAGUAGCAAUACACCAAUGGCUGACAAAUUGAUACCAGAAUUUGAAUUGAAGAGAUUGAGGAAUAAGGCAGGGAGAAUGGUGGAAAGAUUUAGAGUUGGUGCAGGUGGGGUUACACAAGAAUUGGUGGAUUCAAUUCAUGAAAAAUGGGAAAGGGAUGAAGUGGUGAAGUUGAAAUUUAAAGGUCCUUCUGCCAUGAAUAUGAAAAGGAUCCAUGAAAGUUUAGAGAGUCGAACUGGCGGCUUAGUGAUAUGGAGAUCAGGCAGUUCGGUAGUAUUAUUCAGAGGAAUGGCUUACAAGCUUCCCUGUGUACAGUCGUUUACAGAGCAAAAUUCAAAAGACAUAGAAAAUGAUUCAUCAAUGAAUUAUCCAGCACGAUAUGUGAAGGAUCUUUCUGAAGAAGAAUUACUAGAUUUAAAAGAGCUCAAUCUUGUUUUAGAUGGAUUGGGUCCACGGUUUAAGGAUUGGUCCGGCCGUGAGCCACUACCUAUUGAUGCAGAUUUGCUUCCUUCUCUGGUUGAAGGGUAUAAACGUCCAUUUAGACUUCUCCCGCAUGGGACUAAACCUGGUUUACGAGAUAAAGAGAUGACCUUUUUCCGGAGAACUGCAAGAACAAUGCCUCCACAUUUUGCACUUGGAAGAAAUAGAAGCCUUGAAGGCCUUGCGGUUGCAAUGGCGAAGCUAUGGGAACAAAGUGCCAUUGCAAAGAUAGCUAUAAAGCGUGGUGUACAGAACACUUGUAACGAAAGAAUGGCCGAAGAGCUUAAGAGAUUGACAGGAGGGACUUUAGUCUCUAGGAACAAGGACUAUAUCGUCUUUUACAGGGGUAACGACUUUUUACCCUCUAAUGUCACAAGGACAUUGAUCGAAGCAUUUGAUGUUAGAACUAAUCGACAGGAGGAUGAAGACAAAGCACGAGAAAAGGCUUCAACUUUCAUUAAUUUGACUCCUAAAGAUGCCAUUAGAGGUUCGCUAGUUGCCGGGACCCUUGCAGAAACCAUCGCAGCUACGUCAAGAUGGGGCGGCCAGCCGAGCCAUGAGGAGAUAGAGAAAAUGAGGAGGGAUUCAGCGGUUGCUAGACACGCUUCUCUUGUUAGAUUACUUGAAAAGAAGCUAGCUUCCGCGAAUGGAAAGAUAAAAAAGGCCGAAAAGGCGUUGGCAAAAGUUCAAGAAUACCUACAACCAUCACAACUUCCCACCGAUUUGGAAACCCUAACCGAUGAGGAGAGAUUUUCGCUUCGAAAGAUAGGCUUGAGUAUGAAACCAUACUUGGUGCUAGGGCGUCGGGGAGUUUUUGAUGGUACGAUUGAAAAUAUGCACCUACAUUGGAAGUAUCGGGAGCUGGUGAAAAUAAUGGUGGAGCGAAAGAGCUUUGCACAUGUCAAACAUGUGGCCAUUUCUCUCGAGGCGGAAAGUGGCGGAGUAUUGGUGUCGGUAGACAAAACCACGAAAGGCUAUGCCGUUAUUGUUUAUCGUGGAAAGAAUUACGAGCGCCCGAAUGCAAUUAGGCCGAAGAAUCUUUUGACUAGACGACAAGCUUUGGCUCGCGCAAUUGAACUCCAACGAUGCGAGGCUCUAAAGCAUCAUAUCUUGGAGUUAUCAGGAAGAAUCAAGAAGUUGAAAUCGGAACUUGAAGAAAUGAAGAUUAUUGACGAAAUCGAUGAAGAGACAUUGAGAUCAAGGAUAGAAGAUGAUUCAGAUUUGGAAUCUGAUUCGGAUGAUCAUGACGGAAUGGAAGAGGACGAAGAAGCAUACCUUGAAAUAUACGAAGACGGUGAUCAAAAUUGAACGACUUCACACACGAAUCAAGUAAGGUACUUGUAAGUUUUUGUUGUUUGCCGCAACGUCUACGCAAAACUCGAGUUACACGAUCGGUAACGCUCGGCAUGCAUGAGACAGCUGCUCCAAUGUGAGAUAUGGAAUAGGGCCCUCGAUUUUAUAUUUUUAAACCUUUAGUUUAAUUAUACGUGUUUUAGACCAAUCCGAUUGUAGGCUUUCAUUCUUUUAGCCGAUUUGGUUAUUGUCUUUUAAGAUAUCUCCGUUGUCUUAAUCUAUAUGAUAACAUAUUAUAAGUGUCUUUUA